AUGUCUGAUUCUCAGUUAGGUGAAGAACUACUAUUGGAUGAAGAGAUGGCUACCGACUCUCAUGGUGCUAAUAAGGGGUCUCCAUUAGUUCAAAAUUUAAAAUCCUUCGCUGCAGGUGGUGUCGGUGGUGUUUGUGCUGUUCUAACUGGCCAUCCUUUCGAUUUGAUAAAAGUUAGAUGUCAAAAUAAUCAAGCUUCUUCCACUAGUGAUGCUAUCAAAAAGAUCUUGGCUGAGGUUAAUCAAAGAAACGCAAGCAAGCUAGGUAAUCCCGUUGGUAAUUAUUUUAAAGGGUUUUAUAAAGGUGUUAUUCCACCACUUGUUGGUGUGACUCCAAUCUUUGCUGUUUCUUUCUGGGGUUAUGAUAUUGGUAAAAAAAUCGUUAGCAUUAAUAAUGUCGAUAGUACCACACCUUUAACAACAACUCAAUUGGCUACAGCUGGGUUUUUAAGUGCUAUACCAACUACUUUGGUCACUGCUCCAACCGAACGUAUUAAGGUCGUUUUGCAAACUUCAACUUCAGGUUCCUUUGUAUCUGCUGCCAAUAAUAUCGUUCGUACUGGUGGUUUACCUUCUCUUUUCAAGGGUUCCUUGGCAACUCUAGCCAGAGAUGGUCCUGGUAGUGCAUUAUAUUUUGCUUCUUAUGAAUACGCAAAAGGCAUAUUAAACGGUUUGAACCCUCCUGUCAAGAAAGGUGAUGUUAAUAUCUUAAACGUUUGUUUAUCAGGUGGUAUUGCUGGUAUGUCAAUGUGGCUAGUGGUUUUCCCAAUAGAUACCAUCAAGACGAAAUUACAAGCCUCUACGACAAAGGUAAACAUGGUCGAUAUCACAAAAGAAAUUUACCGCACAAGAGGUGGCAUAAAGGGAUUCUUCCCAGGUCUAGGUCCUGCUCUACUGAGAUCAUUCCCUGCUAAUGCAGCUACUUUCUUGGGUGUAGAAUUGACACAUUCUAUCUUUAAGAAGUACAAUAUCUGA